AAAUAUGCAAACAAACAUUACAAUGAAUACAUCAGCACUGUUUUAGUCCUGCUGUUUGGGGCAAUGGAGGAGAGGGGGAGAUGUAUCCCUGGGUGUCUGGUGGUGGGGACUUUGGGGGGCUGGCCUCAAAAAUAGAAAACAAGGGGACACUGCUUGUAGUUACUCCUGGGGGGAGGACUUGCUUCACUGCCUUUCUAAUUUGUACUGGUAAUCGAAGGGGGUGGACACAUCGAACACUCCUUUACAAGUUCGAGUAAAGAACAGCUUUUUUCCUGGGCAAUCAGAGCUCACUUCAACUAGGUUAUUGUUCAGUGCACUGGACCUGCUUGUCUCUAGCCUUCACAUUGUGUUUGUUUGGAGUUCACCUAGCGACGUUGUUGAGUAAAGGGACUUUUACCUCAGAAGGAAUCAUUAUUUUGUGCUAAGCUAAAUUGAGCGGUAUUAUUUGUGGCACAUGGAUGUUUCCCUCAAAAGGCUACUGACCACUGAGCCGCCCCAGCAGAGUGAGGAGCUGGGGGACCUGCAGUCUCUGUCCUGGCUAACCACCGUGGAUGUACCCAGGCUGCAGCAGAUGGCCACAGGCAGACUGGCCUUCAACAACGCAGGACCCCAGAGCAGCAUACUGGAACUACACACAGACCAGCAAAGCAACAUGAGUACAGCACUAGGAUAUAAUACCAUGGCCCCUCCACAUAGCAACAUGCAAAACACUUAUAUUGGAAUGAACUACCUCAACAAUCAAAAUGGAAAUAUGGCAGGAUUGCCAGGAAGUGCUGUGCCUGCCUCAGAAUACCAGUCCUCCCCAGCCCACUACUUCCACUCCCCCCAGCAGGCCUACAGCCCAGCUCAGGCUGUGCAACAGCAUUCCCCCAGCAGCCUGUACAACAGCACCUCCUACCAUAAGCAGAACCUGUAUGAUCAGCAAGCAGCAGUCAUGAGCAUCACCAACCCCCACAACAACCAGGAUCUGCUACAACAACCCAAGGCCUUCCCUAAACCUAUCUACUCCUACAGCUGCCUGAUUUCUAUGGCCUUGAAGAACAGCCGGACAGGCAGCCUCCCUGUCAGUGAGAUCUACGGCUUCAUGAAGGAGCACUUCCCUUACUUCAAGACGGCGCCUGACGGCUGGAAGAACUCUGUGAGACACAACCUGUCUCUGAACAAGUGCUUUGAGAAGGAGGAGAACAAGCAGGGAGGCUCCUCCUCUACCUCUCGUAAGGGCUGUCUGUGGGCCCUCAACCCAGCCAAGAUCAACAAGAUGGAGGAGGAGAUGCAGAAGUGGAAACGCAAGGACCUGACUGCCAUCCGCCACAGCAUGGCCAACCCAGAUGAGCUGGAUAGGUUGAUCACAGACCGACCGGACGGCUGCCGGAGAAAGCCCUGUGAUCCCAGGAGGACAUGUGUCCCGUCCAGGUCCUGUGGUCCCCCGCUGUCUGGACAUCUGCAGUCCUCCCUCCCCUUCCACCUCCAGGCCCAGAAUCACACCCUCCAAGGAGAACCCAGCUCCCCUGUACCCACCCGGACCCCUCCCCUCCAUGCUGUUCCAGACUACUCCCACAGCCCCUUCCCCCAGCCGCAGCCCUACAGACACCCCUAUAGCCACAGCUUGUACAGCCUCCACCCAGACGUCACAGCCGAGGUGGACGCUCUGGACUCCAGUAUCAUGGAGUUUGCCGGGAGCCUAUGGGAGGAGAUGAAGGAGGAGGGCUUCAGCUUGGAGUCUCUGGGUACCUUUAACCACUCUGACUGUGAGCUGACUGGCCCCAGCACUGGACAGCCCCUGGUGGACCGACAGGUGGCCGGGCUAUACACCACCCUGGACACAGCACCAGCUGUCCCCUCCCAGUACAUCACAACCACAGAGGCCAGGGGCCAGGCCAUCGCCCAGCUCUGACUUUGACUUUGAAACACUGAUAUACAGUGUAUUAAACACUGAAAUACACCAGGACAGACUAUGAGAAGAUCAUUACUGUUGAACCUGAAAGUCCCCGCACCAACUGUAUGAGAAUCCUGAACUUUUCCACACCUGACAGGAUGUCUCACCCAGUCUGUUUUUUUUUUUUUUUUUUUUCCUGAUUCCUGUUUCAACACCAAAGCACACAAGAAGCAGCCAAAAUCAACAAGCAUGGGCAUGUUUGAUUGCGUCUGUCAGCCUUUUAGAGUGAUGAGGAUGAAGCGUUUUUGUGUGUGUGGAUCUUCGGCGGUAAAAUGCAAUGCCACUUUAUUUCUACAAGAGCCGGAGUCAAUGUUUGUUUCUGUGAAGAUAUGUAGACGUUGUCAUGGAAACUGAUCUGUUACCCAGGCUAUUCCUUGUGGAGGAAAAGUCUUACUGAUUUACUAGCUUGUGCAAACAAUACUUUUUAUUUUACGGGAUUUGACUGUGGUACUGUAGCUUGAUAGGCUAUGUUUGUAGUACUAUAGUACUGCUAGGUAGGCAUUAUCUCUGCAUUUUCUGUGUAUUUAUUUUGGUUCAUUUGUAUUUAUUUACUAUGCUCUGAGUAAAUUCUCCAAAAUGA